AUGUAUGAACUUAAAGGUUUACAAAUAACAAAAUAUGACAUAACAACAAGCAACAACGUAAAAGAUAUAUUAAAUAAUACAUCAUUAAAUCAACACAAGUGUUUGAAAAACAACUGGUUUGCAGUAGCUUUUUAUUCCAUCUGUUACUCAAUUAUUUCAUCAUGCAGUUAUUGGAACUCAAAAACUUUAGAUGCAAUCAUUCAAAAUGGCUCUGAGCUUAACAAUGUAAUCAAAAAUGACUAUGAUUCCAAAUCUAUUAAUAUGCCUGAGAAUGUUACAAUUUUUGGUAUGAAAAUAAAAGUAGAUGUUAGUAAAGUAAGUCAUGGGAAAUUAACUAGUUUACCUGAAAACAUGAUAUCUUUAAAGACAUUGAUCUUGAAAAACUACGGGAAAACAGGAUUUUUAAUGUGCAUUUCAAGUUACUGUAUCGCUUGCAUUGACCAACAAAAUACUAAAGAGAAGCAAUUGUUUUCGCUUCUGGCUUAUGAAGAUAGUAUUUCAUCUACAAUGAAACACAUAAAACAGAUUAGUGGUGUAAAUAAACUAAUGGAGGCAAUUCUAAAUAUUGUUCAAAAUAAACAAUGUCAGACUAUGGAGUAUGAUAUACAAUUUAUUCACUGUUCUUCUGAAAUACCAGAAAAUGAAAGGAAAAGAAUUAUAAGAAAACGCAGUAAAAAACAUAUAUAUGACAACUUGGAGCCUGCUGCGAAAAAAAGAACAGCAGAAAAAAAGCAAAAAAGGUACUCAAAAAUGAAUCCUACUAAUAAGAAAGAAUUAUGCUUCAAAUUGACAAAAAAGUAUCACCCUUUAGAUAAUACAAAGAAGAAAGAAUUACUUUGCAAACUCAAACAAAAUUAUCAAUGUAUGAAUGCUGCAAAGAAGAAAGAAUUACUUCGCAAAGCUGCACAAAAAUACAAAACAAUGGAUGUUUCAUUAAAAAAUGAAAUGCUCAGUAACCUUAAAGUAAAAUACCAAUUAAUGGAAAAAGGAACAAAAAACCAUUUAAAGAAUAAAAUCAAAGAAAGAAUGAUGGACAAAGGGACAUCCAUUCAAUCAUGCAUUAAACAAUUCAAAAAAAUAAUAAUAGAAGGCCCUUAUUUUAUAUGUAUUGUCUGUAAUCGAUUACUUUAUAAGAAAUCAGUAAUAAGGUGCAUAACCAGCAAAUACCCUUGUCAAGCAUUUUUUAAAAUUCAACAAUCAUUUGAUGGUAAAGAAUAUAUAUGCCAGACAUGCCAUUCAAAAGUCAUAAAAGGAAAAUUACCAUGUCAGGGUAUUGUGAAUAAUAUGUAUGUUGAUGAAAUACCCUCAGAACUGGCCUCACUAGAAAAAUUAGAACAAAUACUUAUAGCUAAACGUAUUGUAUUUCAGAAGAUUGUUGUCAUACCCAAAGGACAACAGAAAAAAAUUAAAGGUGCAAUAUGUAAUGUACCUGUCGAAUGUGAUCAAACAUGUAAUGAACUCCCCGUCCACCUGA